GGCCCAAUCUCUCCUCUCCUCUCCUCUCCUCUCCUCUGCUUCCAAGUCCCAUCCGGAUAAGUCUCUCUCUUUUCAAUCGCAAAUCCCGGUUCCCAUCACUCCGUCUCCAGCCAAACGUUCAAAUACCCAGAUCUGAUAUCAGCUUAAAGGCACCGUUUUUUUUUUUUUUGCCCCACCGGAAAACGAAGCAACCGAGCUCCAGGGGGGAAAAUGGCAGCCUCGGCAGCGAAUCCUAACAUUCUCUGUUCUGAUCUCUGCUUCAGAGAACAGGGGAUCCACGCAUCCAACGGCGGCGGCGGCGGAUGCUGCUCGCUGGUGGCGGUGAACGGCGGAGGAUUCCCCGCGUCCUCCGGAGUGAGGAGCGGGAGAAGGAGGCCGAGAGGAGAGGUAAAGGCGGGGUUGUUCUGGCAGCAAGACGUGUCGAGGCCGACAUCGAUCGAGAUGGAAGCCAUCGCCGGAGUGGAAGAGCUGGAUGAGAUCCUCCGUUUGUCGCAGGAGCGCUCUCAGCCCAUCGUCAUCGACUGGAUGGCUGCUUGGUGUCGAAAAUGCAUUUAUUUGAAGCCCAAGUUAGAAAAGCUGGCAGCAGAAUACCACCCAAGGGUUAAAUUUUAUUAUGUGGACGUAAACAAAGUUUCUCAAGAACUGGUGAAGCGAGGGAACAUUUCUAAAAUGCCAACCAUUCAGCUAUGGAAGGAUGGAGAAAUGAAAGCUGAAGUAAUUGGAGGCCAUAAAGCAUGGCUAGUAAUGGAUGAGGUCCGGGAGAUGAUUCAAAAAAAUAUUUGAUAUGUUAUUUCUUUUCUUCCUGCUUUCUUUUCUUUUUCUUUUUUUUUUUCAAAAUAGGUAGGCUAUUAUAUGUGUACAUAUCAAUCAAUAAUAUUCUUGAUUUUUAUAUUCCCCAUCUAUGCUGAGAUUUUUCUGAAGAAUAAUACUUUUAUACCA